AUGCCUUCCAAAAUCCUCAUCCUCGACGGCGGCCUCGGCACGUCCCUCGAGUCCAAAUACUCUGUCUCCUUCUCUAGGUCCACGCCGCUCUGGUCCUCUCACCUUCUCAUCUCCGACCCGGCGACUCUUCAAUCUUGUCAGAGCGACUUCGGCGCUGUGCCUGUUGACGUGCUCCUCACGGCGACGUAUCAGGCUUCUAUCAAGGGUUUCGCUGAUACUCGGACUGAAGAGUUUCCAGAUGGGAUCAGUCGCGAAACUGUUCCUCGUUUUCUCGAUGACGCUGUGAAGAUUGCGCAACGAGCCGUGGGUGAGGAUGCCCAGGUUGCUUUGAGCUACGGGCCGUACGGCGCGUGCUUGAUUCCGAGUCAAGAGUACAGCGGCAAAUACGACGACGCUCAUGAUUCGGAAUCUACACUUGAAGAGUGGCACCGUGAGCGUCUAGGUCUCUUUUCAGAGAUCCCAGACGUUAGCAAGAGAGUGAGCCAUGUUGCGCUAGAGACCAUCCCCAGAGUCGAUGAGAUUAUCGCCAUGCGCAAAGCUCUCGCCGCAACACCAGGUCUCUCGGAUCUACCAUACUGGACUUCAUGUCUCUCACCUGGCGCCGAAUUGGCACUUCCCGAUGGAAACUCUAUCGAGUCCGCCGUCGAAGCCAUGCUGGAUCGAGAUGUGUCAGCAAAGACGCCCUGGGGCAUCGGCAUCAACUGCACCAAGGUUGACAAGCUCGAUCGCCUCUUACAGAUUUUCGAAUCGACAGUUGCGCGGCUAAUUGAGCAAGACCGCUUAGACAAUUGGCCUGCACUAGUUCUGUACCCCGAUGGCACGAACGGGGAGGUGUAUAACACGACGACCCAAAAGUGGGAGCUGCCGGACGACGCCAAGGACCAGGUACGCUCGUCGUGGGAGUCCCAGGUUGAGAGCGUGGUCAGGGCUACUGAGGGUCGGGGGAAGUGGCCUGUCAUUCUCGUCGGUGGAUGCUGCAAGGCGAGGAGUGAGGAUAUCAAGAGGCUUCGAGAUCGUCUCCUCGGGUAG